ACACACACACACACACACACACACACACAGUGUCGGCAGAUUUGCGCCUCGGCGUUCCGCUUGCCGCAGCCCGAUGACGGGCUCCAGUCCAAGUGGAAAAUCCAGCUUCUGCUGCACAAUAAGAGGCGGCACUCAGGCGCGUCUGUUCGGGAACAAUCGAACCAGUUCAGCUCAUUUCCAUGUUGGAGCUGGGAGAUAGGAGGUGAGCUGUCUUUCAGCACCGUGCUGCUGAGGAGAAAUGUGGUGUUCCGUGAGGCUAUAGUCUCCAAACUAGACAUCAUCMGUUUUAUUUUUACAAAGUUGAGUUUAAAGCUAUAACUUACUAAAAAAAUAAACAACUUGUUGAUUGUUAUUAAUUAUAAUGGAAUAAACAGGAGAGGUGAAAAGAAAACAAAAGUGUUCCUCCUCCUGUCUCCAACCCAAACUGUGUGUUUGUUUAGUUGCUGAAGUGGCACGCGUCAGGCGCGCGCAACUCACCGGUACCCUGUGCAGGAGUCCAAGGUGUACCCACGCGACCGGUGGGCGUGGCUAACCCCCCCUCGCUCAUCCCAAACUCAUUGAAAAGCGGAGGCGUCUGUCUGCAGGACACAGAGCUUUGAGAAGCGCGCCAGGCAGCAGCCCGGCGCACUGCCCCCAGAAACAAGUGCGCAGCAACACGUGAACGGCACGAGCGCGACGCACCGCCUGGAGACCCGGUGCUUCUUCUUUAAAAGUGAUUUCUCUCUCUCUCUGGGAAUGAACCUCACAGCCAAAAUGGAAAUUACCCAGCAGCAGUUGAUGCCGCCCGCCUGCUUCUUCUCGGCCGCGGCGGCGGCGCAGAGCAUCCAGCUGAGCCCGAGCGGCGGGAAGCCCAAGCAGCCCAAGCGGCAGCGCUCCUCCUCCCCGGAGCUGCUGCGCUGCAAGCGGCGCCUGAACUUCGCGGGCUUCGGCUACACGCUGCCGCAGCAGCAGCCGCACGCGGUGGCGCGGCGGAACGAGCGGGAGCGCAACCGCGUGAAGCUGGUCAACAACGGCUUCGCCACGCUGCGCGAGCACGUGCCCAACGGCGCCGCCAACAAGAAGAUGAGCAAGGUGGAGACGCUGCGCUCCGCCGUGGAGUACAUCCGCGCGCUGCAGCAGCUCCUGGAUGAACACGACGCGGUGAGCGCCGCCUUCCAGUCCGGCGUCCUGUCGCCCACCAUGUCGCAGGGAUACUCCGCAGACAUGAAYUCCAUGGCCGGGUCCCCAGUGUCCUCCUCCUACUCAUCUGAUGAGGGCUCCUACGACCCCCUGAGUCCGGAGGAGCAGGAGCUGCUGGACUUCACCAACUGGUUCUGAGCAUCUAAAGGAUUAAACUCAUCUUACUGCUCGGAGUGGUCCCGGAGGAGACUUUCUAUCCUCAAGAACAAGAUGCACUGCGUCCCAAAACCACCGGCCCUCAUCGACUGAGAGACUGGACGGGCCCGAGUGGUCCUGGAAACUUUAGGGGGGGAAGAUAUCAGCCCAGACAUCUGCGCCAAAGGAUUAAAAAGAAGACGGUUCUCCCAACAGCGAGGGAGGGAAAUCCCUGCUUCUGCCCGACAAAACAAAAGACCCUGAAGUGAAUUCACGCUCCUCUGCAGCACACUAAAACUUUAUUUAACAUGUCGCUCCUCAUCUAUGCUAAUAAGAAAAAAUAAUGAAUAAAAUCACACAACAUCCACUUUGCUAAAUCUCAGAAUUCAGCAAAUGCUUCCAAGUCGCGGAUUUAUUCUAUUAAAUUCUAUAAACGCCUUUUUUGUUUCUUUUUUUAUAUUUAGAAAUAUAUGAAGAUAUUUUUGUAUGUAAGAGAUUUAUAGAUGUUUUUGUACACAUCCUUUUGUAUAUAUUUUGUCUAUAUAUUGCGAAGUUGCUUCUAUUACCUCCUGCCAAUGUAGAUCUAUUUCUCUCUGGCUCUUCUGUUCGUAAGGUUUCCAGAAGGAGUUUGACACUCAGAUGUUUUAUUCUCGCACCAACGUGUCUUAUUUAAUAGCAAAAUGAAAGAAAAAAAACUCAUGUUAUUGCAUUAUGUCAUGUCACAAUGAUCAAAAACUUAUGCAGCUAUUGUCCAAAAAGAAGUACAAUGGCCAUGCAUUGUAUGUUUGUACUGCCAGCUCUAUAUCUUCUUCACAUAAACAUAUUUCUUAUAACCAUAUUUUCUACACUAUAGUUCAACAAUAAAAAGCAGAUGCUACUCACUAUUUUCUCCAUGUCUUGUUUUAAUUUUUUUUAGGAACGAGGGUGGUUAAAGGUCUGAUAAAUACAAAAAAGUAAAUAUUUAGGGUCAAAAGUAACAGAAUUAAACAAUUUAUUAUAGAAAACAUCACUUUACGCAAAGUUACGCACAUUUUACGCACGAUAAAUAUUCCUUUGAAUUGUUCCAGAUUCAAUUGAAACUCGUGUACACCUUUAUUUUAUUAGUUUUCAAGAAACCUCGUAUUGACCAGCUCUGUUCAGGCUUUUAUGUGUUUUUUUAUUUUUGUCUUAAAGCAACACGAGACCGUUUUAUACAAGUGGAGAACCGUGCGUAAAAAGUGAGCAUUCUCCACACGCUAAAGAAUUUUAUGUUUUUUUUGGCUGAACAUUAAUAUGUGAUAAAUGGGUGUUUACGGAAAUAUUCUUGAAUAAAACAAAAAUAUACAUAAAACUUUAUUUCUGUGCAGUCCUACAGAGAGUUUUAUUCUACUUUGAUCCGUGCGUAAAAGUUUUAUUUUACACGAGAACUCCAAAGUUCUGAUGGCUCUAUACAUUCCUGCUCACGUUUUAAAAAAAAAA